CAAGCAAGUUCUACUUCUCCCCAGUGCAGGGUUUGCCAGCAGCCCGCACUCUCAGAACUCAGACUCAAGUGACUGGAACCCUUGUGAGCAAAAGCUUACCAUGCUGCUUCCUAGGAGGGCCAGCAACUGCUGACACUACCAUCAGACUCUUCUCUGUGGCUCAUAAUUACUGAAAAGAAUGGACAAACUAAAUAAAAUAACCGUCCCUGCUAGUCAGAAGUUGAGGCAGCUUCAGAAGAUGGUCCAUGAUAUUAAAAACAACGAUGGUGGAAUAAUGAACAAAAUCAAAAAGCUGAAAAUCAAAGCGCCUCCAAGUGUUCCUCAAAGGGAUUAUGCCCCAGAGAGCCCUGCUGAUGAAGAGGAGCAGUGGUCAGAUGAUUUUGACAGUGAUUAUGAAAAUCCAGACGAACAUUCAGACUCAGAGAUGUACGUUCUGCCUGCCGAGGAGCCAGGGGAUGACAGUUACGAACCACCACCCGCUGAGCAGGAGCCCAGGAUCGUCCACCCAGCACUGCCCUUCUCCAGGGGCGAGUAUGUAGACAACCGAUCAAGCCAGAGGCAGUCUCCACCCUUCAGCAAGACCCUUCCCAGUAAGCCCAGCUGGCCUUCUGCAAAAUCAAGACUGGUCUCCACCAUGCCAGCCUCAACUUCUCUACAGAAACCUCAAGUCCCACCCAAACCCAAAGAGCUUCUUGAGGAUGAGGCUGACUACGUGGUCCCCGUGGAGGAUGAAGAUGAAAACUACAUCCAUCCCACAGAAAGCACUUCGUCCCCAACUGGAACAGCUCCCAUGGUGAACAGAUCAACCAAGCCACCUAACUCCUCAAAACAAGUCUGUCUUCCAGGGACAGUUGCAGGUAGAAAUAGUGGGACCUGGGACUCAAAGUCGCCUUCUUCACCUGCAGCACCAUGUCCUCUGCCCAGGGCUGGGAAAAAAACAGCUACACCACUGCAGACAAUCCCAGUUGCCUCUCAACAGAAUGCACCAAGUGUUUGUGAAGAAAAACCAAUACCUGCAGAGCGUCACCGAGGAUCUAGCCAUAGACAAGAAGCUGUGCAGUCAUCAAUGUUCCCUCCUGCUUAUAAACAAAGCCAUCAAAAACCCAUACCUCUGCCAAGAUUUCCAGAAGGUGGAAACCCGGUACCAGUCGACGGUCCAUUAGGUUUAUCAGAACAGGAAGCUGAUAUUCACUGUAAGCCAUGGUACGCCGGUGCAUGCGAUCGGAAGUCUGCUGAAGAGGCAUUGUACAGAUCAAAUAAGGAUGGAUCAUUUCUUAUUCGAAAAAGCUCUGGCCAUGACUCCAAACAGCCAUAUACACUAGUUGUAUUCUUUAAUAAGCGAGUAUAUAAUAUUCCUGUACGAUUUAUUGAAGCAACUAAACAAUAUGCUUUGGGCAGAAAGAAAAAUGGUGAAGAGUACUUUGGCAGUGUUGCUGAAAUUAUCAGGAAUCAUCAGCACAGUCCUCUGGUUCUCAUUGACAGUCAGAAUAAUACUAAAGAUUCCACAAGACUGAAAUAUGCAGUUCGAGUUUCAUAAUUUUUAAAAAGGCCAACGUCAUUUGCUUCACCAUUUUCUCUCAAGUUUCUGCAUUUGGCAAAAAAAAAAAAAACUCAAAACUUAUUUUGGAUUAUGAAAACAUCCCCUGAUAACAGAGACAAAGGAAGCUGUAGUGCUGGUCACCCAUUUCUUUGUAAGAAUCUCGCAAGGACUUAUUCUGCUGCCUGAUCCAAUGAACGGUUAAAUAUUUGGUGAGACUGAAUUAUCAUGCUAUUAAUAUUGACCAAAUAAAUGUCUACUUAAAGAAA